AUGCCUGAAUUAGAUUUUGGAAAAAUCGUCGACGAGUUUGUCGAGCACACCAAGAAAGUAGGAAAAAAGGACUGGGAACAGCUCUUUGCGCUUUUCGAACGAGAGGCUGAAGAGAAAAAAUAUCCUCUCGAUACAAGAAAACGUGACUUGUUUGAAUUCAUGGACUAUCUAAUGACUACUGGACUCGAGAAAAUGGCUGCCAUUGUGGAUGUUGCCGAUAUGCAUGUUUUCAAGCAAGAGAACGGGGAGCUGUCCGAAGCUUUCAAAUCACUGUAUCGGGAAUAUGAAAAUGUUUAA